CUUGACUAUCUACUUUCGAGGCUUGUUGAUACGGGCAGACGACUGCGUUGAGCUGGAGUUUGAUAGUUAGGUUGAAUUGAUUUUCAAGGGUGAUAUUAAUUGCUUCUACUUGGUCGGAGGCGUGGAACUUGUCACAGCGCUAGACUUGCGGAGAGAGGCAACAAGAGGCAACGACAAGGCGUGACUUUGCAGCCGAUUAGAUUACAAACAACAAAAUGGCACAAACGACGGACCCUCUCCUGAACACAGCACCGGCUGACAUACCUGAGGCGGACGAGGAUGCGAUUGACACAGCACCGCUGCUUCCUCCGCAGAGCGGCAGCGGCGUGAGCGAUGAGGACGUUAGGAAGUUUGCUAGUAUCGGCGGGAUAAGAGAGGUCGAGGUCGACCUGUCGACGCUGUACGGGGGAGAAUUUGAGGAUGUUGUGUUGCCGCCUAGUGGGUCGGCUGAGCGGGCUGCGAUGGAGAAGGCGUUUAAGAGGAAGAUUGAUUAUGCGAUUCUGCCGGUUGUGAUUGCCAUGUAUAUGUUGAACUAUCUGGACCGGAACAACAUUGCAGCAGCGAAACUUGGCUCGCUGAUGGAAGAUCUCAACCUAACCAGCACACAAUACUCGACCGCCGUCUCGGUGCUCUUCAUCCCUUACACGCUAAUGCAGGUGCCCUCGAAUCUGAUUCUGGGCAAGAUAGGCAAGCCGUCGGUGUACCUUCCCUCGGCGAUGGUCAUCUGGGGCAUGCUCUCGCUCUGGACCACGUUUGUGAGCGGGUAUCGGUCGCUGGUGACGAUCCGGUUCUUGAUUGGAUUCGCCGAGGCGGCGUUUUAUCCUGGUACGAUGUUUUACUUGUCUUGCUGGUAUACCAAGUACGAGAUAGCCAAGCGAUCGGCAAUCUUUGUUUGUGGUUCGUGGGUAUCUGGGGCAUUCUCAGGACUGGUAGCCUACGGCGUUUUAGAGAACCUAGACGGCGUGUUUGGCCUCGCCGCCUGGCGAUGGCUUUUUCUUAUCGAGGGCACGUUGACCGUGAUAGUUGCUCUGAUUGCGAUCCCAAUUCUCCCAAACCUGCCCGCGACGACAAAGUGGCUGUCGAAAGAAGAGCGUCUUCUCGGCGUCUUGCGGAUGAUCAACGACGUCGGCCAGCACGACGACGACUCAGCCGCGCCGGUCGAGGAAGACGAGCAAGGACGGGCGAUGGCCGAGCCGCCGAAAUCCAAGUUUCAGUCUGCGCUUGCGGGACUGUAUCUCGCGCUGGUGGAUAAGAAGGUGCUGAUUAUUCUGUGGAUGCAGUUUAGCUUGGCGAUGAUGGGCGGUAUCAACACUGUGUUUCCCACGAUUGUCGGAUCACUGGGGUACGGCCAGGCCAAGACGCUGCUACUGACGGCACCGCCAUGGUUGCUAUGCUCGGUUACGUCUGUGUGGAACAGUUUCCACUCGGACAAGACGGGCGAGCGGUAUUUGCAUAUGGUAUGGGGCCCCGCGCUGGCGGCGCUGGGGAUUGUGAUUUCGAUGAUGACGCAGGACACGUUUUGGCGGUACCUGUCGAUGCUGCUGAUGCUGCAGAACUACAACUCGUGGUCGCUCGGGUUCGCAUGGAUGGCGACGACGGUGCCGCGGCCGCCGAUCAAGCGGGCGGCGGCGGUGAGCUUUGUGAAUAUCGGCGGCAACGUGCCGAAUAUCAUUGUGCCGUACUUGUUCUACGUCGGGAGCGAGCCGCAGUUUUACGUCGGCUUCGCGGUCUGUGGGUUCUUUGCGCUGUCGGGGAUCGUGGCCGCGACGGUGCUGAAGGGGAGUCUGGUGCGGUUGAAUAAGAAGCUUGAGAGGGGAGGAGUGGUUGAUGGGCUGGAUGGGACUACGGGGUUUAGAUUCAUAUUUUAGGGGGGUAAUGGUAUGUUUAGUGGCUAUGUAAUAGGGGAUUGAUGUGCUGAAUGCGGCAAUUAUUUAAGAAGGUUAUUGCAGUCUAUUGUUGUUUACAUUGUAUAUCUAUGAUGUCAAGACAGUGAUAUGACGACGGAUCAGGGCAGGAUAAAAUAAAUCAAUUACAUCAGAGGCAAAUACGCGAGCGAUCGGUGUCUGUCGCCAAACCGCCCGUGGUCCAGCACGCGGGUCUACUACGCCAGGCACCGCUUGCGAUUUAUUUUUUUCUCUCACAGCUGCUCUCUCUCUCUCAGUAGCAGCAGCAGCCGGGAAGAAAAACCAAAACAAAGAAAACCGCAAUUUCAAAGUCGAGGCGCUAGAAGAGCUUUGGAGGCGAGAAAAAGAAAAAAGA